GUUUCCUGUCCGACUGAACCGAAAGUCAUUAGAUGCUGGUGCGAGAGUUUGGCGAACGCAGAUGGUCGUUCAAUGAUCUGUUACUUGGCCUAAAUACGACGUUUACUUUCACAGGAUUACAAACCAAGAGCUGGUCAUGACCACAGAGUCGGACUUUCCGGAAAGCGGAAUGGAGUGACGUGAUUGGAUGAGACCGAGGAGUCAUGGCCAGCCAGUGCAGCAGCAGUGUGGGGGGUGCGGGCUCCGUUCACUCCACUCCCCUUUCUGCCCGCAUCGAGUCGUACGAAGCAGGAGAAAAGAAGAGCAUCUCAGAUAUUCGGAGAACCUUCUGCCUGUUUGUGACCUUUGACCUUUUGUUCGUCACUUUGCUGUGGAUCAUUGAGUUGAACGUCAAUGGAGGUAUACAACAGCAGCUGACGACAGAGGUGUUGCACUAUGACUACCACAAAUCCUUUUUUGAUAUAUUUCUCUUGGCAGUGUUCCGUUUUGCAGCCUUGAUUUUGGCAUAUGCUGUAUGUAAGCUGCGUCACUGGUGGGCUAUUGCGAUAACUACCGCCAUCACCACUGGUUUCUUAAUAGUUAAAGUGAUUGUGUCUAAGCUUCUGUCCCAGGGGGCAUUUGGGUACUUGUUACCCAUCGUCUCCUUCAUUCUGGCAUGGAUAGAGACGUGGCUCCUUGACUUUAAAGUCCUGCCGCAGGAGGCCGGUGAUGAAAUCAGAUUUCUUUCAGUGCAGCAUGCAUCAGAUCAUGAACCACUCUUAUAUCCAGGAAGGGCAGUUUCAGAAGGCCAGUUCUACUCCCCUCCUGAAUCUAUGGCAGACUCUGAUGAAGACCUUGAUGAUAAACUUGAUCUGGAGAAGCCUAUUGUCUAGUAGAAGCUCAGACCACUACUCAGAGUUCAGGGGUCUUACAACAGCCGUGUCCGGGACUACUCGACUUGUCCUUGCAUGAGUUUGAAUGCGUGUGUCACCAACGAUAGAGCGUUUCUUCCACAUAGAUCUUCCUUUGCAACAGUCAGAAGUUUCUUUCUCUGUCUCACUUUAACCCUUAAGUCAAAGCUCUUAGUAAAAUUGAUUUGUUUUUGUUUGCGUCUUUACUUUUACAACAGAACAUAAAGCAUUCUGUUAAUUGUGCAGUGCUUAUUAAAAAGAAUGAAGGAUUUUAAUGUGAACAAUACAGUGUGUAUAUGUGAAUCCUAUAAUCUAGGGAUGAUAUCGGCGCUCAUCACGAGGCAUAUGUUUACAUGUUUAUGUUGUUCUCAACUCUGCUCCUGCAUAACACAGUCAUUGCAGACCCACCGGUUCAUGGUGUUAAAUCCACGUGUCUGCAUUGAGUCUAUAAAGGUUUUUUAUAUCUUUGAUUGCAUAAGCAUCACUGGACAGGACCUCAAUGUGUAUAACAGUACAAGUCUCAGGUCUGCACUGCCUCUGUUUACUGUGUGAACAUUUGCUGUUCUUUCUUUGAUUCUCUCAUGUUUUUUCUGUUUUAAUGCCUUGUCUAUAAGUCACUAGUGUUUUGAAUGAACGUUGAGUGACAGGCUUGAUUUAAAAAUGUAUAUUUUGUUUACUUGCAAUAUAAAGGACUCACCUUAUUCAGCACGAAAUGUUCUUAAAGGAAGAAUUUACAGUGUAUGCAUGAAUAGUGAUCUGAUUUUAUGUUUGUUUUUGGCUCCAUAUCAGAAAGCAUUCCAGAACAUUGAACAUUCUAUGUUUACCUGUGCCGCACUUACAGAAUAAGGGUCUAUGUAGGCCUACCUGGUGCAGGUCUAGGACCUCCAGAUUGCUUAAAACAGUUAGGCAAUGACAGCUAUCUUCAUAUGCACUCAUAAGCCUUGUAUGUUGGACAAUGUUAGACUGUAUUUCAUUCUGUAUUAAAACAAUUACCGUUUUUCCUAA